UUCGAGUUGAUCAUGACAUUUGUAUAAUAUCCACAUCUAUAAAUACGAAUAACUGGAUCGCACACUCAGUACUGGUGUAUUUGCUUGAAACACCAACAGAUAGAAUAUUGCUGCAAAAACUUGGUGCAUGGAAAAAUCAAACAGCAUCAGCAGCAGCACAGGUGCUGCCUCUUCUAGCUACAGAGGAGUGCGCAAGAGAAAAUGGGGGAAAUGGGUGUCUGAAAUUCGUGAGCCAGGCACGAAAACCAGAAUUUGGUUGGGGAGCUUUGAGACACCCGAAAUGGCUGCUGCUGCUUAUGAUACAGCUGCGUUUUACUUCAGAGGACGUGAUGCACGGCUCAACUUUCCUGAACUGGCCAAUAAACUUCCACGCCCAGUAAGCUCAGAUGCUGAAGACAUUCGCAUGGCCGCUCACGAGGCUGCCUUAUGGAUUAAAGACCGUGCGGGGACGGCUGAGGUUGGAGGGUCUAGCUCAAACUUGGCACCGCUCACGGUGAGGCUCUCGCCUAGCCAAAUUGAGGCCAUUAACGAGUUCCCGUUGGACUCGCCGAAGAUGUGGAUGCAAAUGGCAGCGGAAGAAUCCAUGGCGUUCUCCACUGGUGAUUAUGACAUUGAUGAGGAGAAUGAAUGGGAAGACUUCCAGAAUGAUUCUCUUUGGGACCCUUAGUGACAGAAGUUUGGGAAGAAAAAAAGAAGAGAUGUUGAUCAGCAGCUUGCUUAUUACAUAUACAUGAAGCAUGACUACCAUUCAAAUUUGGCAAAUCGAGAGGACUUUCUAGCUACGACAUCAGAUCAUUUCUUGAAGAUUUAUAAGGAUUCAGUAGUAGUAGUACUGUUUAAUGGAAUAGUACGUAGGAGCAGAAGAUUUCUCAGUAUAUAUAUAUAUACCAUUGCGCAAGUAUAUUCCUAAAGAGAGAUUUUUUCUGGCGGGUCCCAUUUGACAUCAGAUCAGGGGAUCGGUUGGUUAAUUUUUUUUGAUAGAUUCCUAAGAGUUUUUAGUGGACGAAAUUUAUGUGUAGUGAGA